CCAUGGCCGGGCUCCUGCCGCUGCUCCUGCUCCUGCUGCCGGCGGGACCCGCCUGGGGCUCCAAGGACAAGUGCUUCACCAAGAUGUACACGACGAGCGGGGAGUGCUGCAAAGCCUGCAACCUGGGAGAGGGGGUGGUGCAGCCCUGCGGGGUCAACCAGACUGUCUGCGAGCCCUGCCUGGACAGCGUCACCUACUCUGACACGGUCAGCGCCACGGAGCCGUGCAAGCCCUGCACGCAGUGCGUGGGGCUGCAGAGCAUGUCCGCGCCCUGCGUGGAGUCGGACGACGCCGUGUGCCGCUGCGCCUACGGCUACUACCAGGACGAGCCGAGCGGGAGCUGCAAGGAGUGCCGGGUGUGCGAGGUGGGCUUCGGCCUCAUGUUCCCCUGCCAGGAUUCGCAGGACACGGUCUGCGAGGAGUGUCCUGAGGGCACCUUCUCCAGUGAAGCCAACUUUGUGGACCCCUGCCUGCCCUGCACCACCUGCGAGGAGAACGAGGUGAUGGUGAAGGAGUGCACGGCCAUCUCGGAUGCUGAAUGCAGAGACCUCCACCCUCGCUGGACAACACACACGCCAUCCCUGGUGGGCUCCGACAGCCCCGAGCCCAUCACCAGGGACCCCUUCAACACCGAAGUGAUGCCCAGCACCCUGGCAGACACCGUCACCACCGUCAUGGGCAGCUCGCAGCCCGUCGUGAGCCGCGGCACCGCCGACAACCUCAUCCCCGUCUACUGCUCCAUCCUGGCGGCUGUGGUGGUGGGGCUGGUGGCCUACAUCGCUUUCAAAAGGUGGAACAACUGCAAACAGAACAAGCAAGGGGCUAACAACCGCCCGGUGAACCAGACGCCUUCGCCGGAGGGGGAGAAGCUGCACAGCGACAGUGGCAUCUCGGUGGACAGCCAGAGCCUGCACGACCAGCAGCCACCCAGCCAGAGCACCCAGGGGCCAGUGCCCAAGGGAGAUGGGAACCUCUACGCCAACCUGCCACCCAGCAAGCAGGAGGAGGUGGAGAAGCUGCUGGGCAGCUCCGCGGAGGAGACGUGGAGGCAGCUGGCCGGGGAGCUGGGCUACAAAGAGGACCUCAUAGACUCCUUCACCCGGGAGGAAUCGCCCGCCCGGGCUCUCCUGGCCGACUGGUCCUCCAAGGAGACAGCCACCCUCGACGCCCUGCUCGCCGCCCUGCGCAAGAUCCAGCGCGGGGACAUCGCCGAGAGCUUGUACAGCGAGUCCACCGCCACCUCCCCUGUCUGAAGGGUGGCCCGGGGUGGCCCCGCGGGGUCCCCUUCCCCCUUCACUCCCUCGCCUCUCCGCUCCCCGGCACCAAAAGCC